AACAAAGAGUACCGACUCUAGACAACCUAGCAACAGGGAUUCAACACACACAUGCACGCACACACACACACACACACACGGAGGCCGGUCUUUGUAAGGGAGACAGCAGCCAUCUCAGCCAUCUGCUUUCUAUACCCUUGUGGUCCAAGGGCCUGGAUCCGAUACCUGCACAGGGAUAGAGAAGAAAUGACAUCAUGAAAGAUUUAUCUCUAUCCCUGCUGAGUCGGGGGUGUGGUCGAUUUGUCUCUUCCAAUGGAAACACAGGGGGCCAUGAUGGACGACUGGAUGUCUGCUUCACACCGGAGGAUUACUACAUCUGGAAGUCCCAGGACUUUCUCCUGCGACUGUCCAACAGCGGCCAUCUGCUUGCGGAGGCCGAGUCAACCCUUCCAAAGACUUACAGUACUCGUAGGGGGCCACUUCUACUGUACUCCCAGGACUUGGCUACUAUGGAAACCAGUUGUCACUCAGAGACCAAAGACAGGAAGCAGCGGGUGGUUCGGCAGUACACUCAACAAGUGGAACAGCAGCUGAGCACUCUCAAGGAGCUAACAGCAGCCAUUUUGAGCUACAGCAACAAUCAAUUCACCUCCUCCAGACUCGGUCCACCCCUUGUUCCUUCUCUUCAUCUCCCUCUUGCUCCAGACCUUCAUUGUCCCAGUCCUCUGCCCAUCCGCACCACACAAGAGCAGCCCAGGCCAGAGUUGCUUGUACAGUUGAACCCCCAGUGGCUUCCUACUGAGAGAACCACUGAACAGCUGGACUAUCAAGCUGAAGAUAAAGAGGAGGAGCAGGGCAGCAGGAAGAAAGUCAGACUGGAUCUGUUCCUCCAGAUACCCAGUUCCUCCAGGACUCCAACUCCACAGAUGGAGCCUCAGCCCUGGGUACACUAUGUAGCAAUGGCUCCUGAAGAACCAGAAGAACCUCAGACUUACUUAGCCAUGAGUCUGCAGCAUACCGAAAGUUCACAGUGCACUGAAAAAAAACACCACAGUCUGGGAGGGGAUCUCCAUCGUCCAAACUUGAACUGCAUCAGUGACACGUCACAUGAUCAAGGCUGUUCCAAUGAAGACAGUGGAACAACCGGUGACAAAGGCAGCUAUGAAAGAUCGACAAGUGGGAAGAGACAUGGGAGGAAAGGCCUCCUUCCUCCUCUGACAGACUCAGUCUCUCAUAAACACUGCUGGGAGAAGAAACAUCGGCUGAGAUGGGAGGCCCCCGUCAGUGAUGAACACAAUGAACAGCGCCUACCUCCCAUUGCAGAGAGUAACACUGCUGCUCCCAGACGGUCUGACCCAGAAGUUGGGUUACUCCAUCAGCAGGCGCUGUUUCUCCCUCUGCUGUUUCCUGGGAAGGAAGAAGAGACAAGUGAGAAGCAAAGAGGAGGAGACGAAAAAGCAGAGAGACAUAACUUGAAAAAAGAGACUGUAGGUCAGGGAGGAGGAGAAGGGGGAGGAAGGCUACCCUCUGAAAAAGGGAUUCUGCUGCAGCCACGAGAAGAGCCUCCUGCUCCAGUAGGAGUGAUGGGUUGUGUUGCAGGACGGAAAGGCCCCGGCAAGCAGAGCUCUUUGGCCUUCUUACAGAAUCCCUGUGAAUCCAGCGACGCUAACAGAGGCGUGGUUAGGGGUGUUCUGCCUCUGGAGCUGACAGAUUUGCAGAACGGCAAAUCUGUUGGCAGCCUGAUCCUGGGUCCUGAUGGGGAAAUCAUUCAAGUGUCGCUGUACGACAACAGCCAGUACCCAUCUCAGGGUGAUGGUGACACACAGCAUGCUCUACAGGUUUUGUCUGCAGAAGGGGAGAAGUUACCCUGGGUCAUUGUGCUGCAACCUGAGCACACACACACGGAGUUGGAAGGGCGGUGCGGGAAAGGGAUGGAGCUGAACACAGAUGCUCCUGUGGGUGACAUCCUGCACCAUCAGUCCACACACAAGCUUUUAGAUCUUAACAGAUCAACAGAGGGUAAUGCAUGCUCACCCAGCAGCCACACAGACGCAGUGGCUGUGACCAAGAAGAAAACAAGGAGUGCUGAGGUAGCAGCGGAAACAUGGAAGGCACCAAAAACGGAUGCUAAAAACAAUGUUAGGAUGCCUCCACUGAGGGAGCGGGUAGGGAAGGAGGAGCCAAGAGGAGGCAAUACUGAGGCAGAGGAGGAGGAUGAGGAGGAAGAGCUGGGCAGUAUAGGACAGACUAACCAUUUGUCUGGAUCAAACCAGCCAGGCCAGCAGAACGUCAACCCAAAUGAAGCAACAGCAGAGGACAACAGGAAGAGGAUUACUAAGAGGAAGGAUGCCGAGGAAGCUGCGACAACCACACGGAAAAAGGAUAUGAAAACAGGUAAAAGUGCAGAAUCGGAUGGACAAAAGACAUUGAGGACGAGGAAGGAAGGAAGAUGGCAGAGACAAAAGACAGGAGGUGAUGCUCAAUCAAUCAGAAGCCAGAAACAAGAGGAGAGGACCAACAGAGAAGCAGAAAAGACUCAGGACCAUUCUGCUCUUCCAUCUAUGAAAAAGAAGAUGACAGUCAGGGAAGGGGAGAGAGGAGAAGUGAAGAUGAAUGAGGAGAGUGAAGAGCGAGGCGAAGUGGCGAGGCAGAAGGAAGAGUCUGCUGGGAGGAAGAGGAGAGGAAGGCUGAAACACAAAGAGUUAAUUGUUGAAAACCAUGACAACCCCUUAGAGAAAGAGAAGGUGGAGAUCAACCAGGAAAUGGGAGAGGAGCCUCAUCAAAAGUCAACCAAAAAGCCUUCUGCAACACAAAGACACAAUUACAAAACCAAAGCAAAUUCAGAGGAAGACAUAGACACAGACCGUUCCACAAUUGCUGACAAACACAGCAGCAGCCGAUCAGUGAGCUCACACAGGUCCACUGCCGCUGCAUCCCAGCUCAGUCAGAGGAGCUCCAGGAAUUCUGCUUUCUCUUCCAUCGAGGAGGCGCUGCCAGUCAGCGCCAUGGGACUCGCUUCAUCACAUGGCCGCCUGUCGUCAUGUUCAACUGUGAGGGUAACAGAGGAACAGCUGAUGCUGAACUCAGUAAAGCCAGAGUCCUCCAGGCCCAGAAAAAGUCAGGAGAAGGAGGCUGCAGCUCUGCAUCUGGCCCAACGAGCAGAGAGGCGGAGGCAGGAGGUGGAGAGGAAGAGGAAGGAGAGAGAGGAAGAGGAGAGGAAGCAGCAAGAGAAGCAGCAGACGGAGGAGAGGAUGAAAAGCGAGCUGGAGGAGGAGAGGAGGAAGAGAGCUGAGGAGCUCAGUUUGAAGAGACUGGCGGCGGAGGAGGAGAAGAGGAAGCGCGAGGAAGAGGAGCAGGAGAGAGCAAGACGGGAACAGGCGCAAAGAGAGAAAGAGAGGAAGCGUCAGGAGGAGAGGAAGCGGCAGAUGGAGCGAUUCCAGAGGAUGAGAGAGGAGGAGGAACUGAGGAGGAAAGCUGAACUAGAGCGUCUGCGGCUGGAAGAGGAGAGGAGGCAGGAGGAGGAGAACAAGAAGCUACAGGAGAUGGAUGAGAGUGAGAGGAUAGAGUACCUUCGUAGGAAGGAGCAGGAGGAGGAGGACAGGAGGAACAAAGAAGAGGAGCGUAACAGGAUAGAACAGGAGGCUGCCUCGCAGGCUGCAGAGGAGGCCAGGCUGCAGGCAGAGCUGCUCGCCAGACAUAUGGCGCUGUUGGAGCGUCAGUUGGCCUUUAAAAGGGGUCUCACAUUGGAGGCCGGAGGUCUGGAGAAAACUCAGGGUAUCUCCAGACCGUGGAUCUACUCUUAUUUCACUUUAUUACAGCUACUGGGUUUAAAUCCAACUAAAGCUAAUCACAACCCCUGACCUUUAACCUCCAUUUGAGAUCAUGAUGAGAAGUGGGAAUAGUUUUUGUUUGAUGAAAUGGUUCACUGAUCUUGGAAGAUGAUCAAAUCAAAUGGAACACAUUCAGUGAUGGGAGACGAGCAUCUACACACUCCUCACCUGUUGCUAGAGGGAAAAUACCUUCUUCAUUGUCCCUUUGUCAAAGACAGCAUUUGCUUUCUGUUGUCUUUAUUUCUAUAGAAGACAAAAGUUUUAAGUCGUGUCGUAAAGUGCACUCGCAGCUGUAUAAGCCCCGCUUCUUUUUGCGUCCACAAAAUGUAUGUAUGCCACUGGACUAAAUAGCCUUCACGCAACAUACAGGUGGCCUGGCUAGUGUAAAGGAUAAAAAAAUAAAACCUCCAAACCUUAUUAAUACACCAACAAAUAAAUUGGAAUAUUAAGUUGCAAAUUAACUAACAAACUAACAUAUCUAAAUAAAGUAUGAUCAAUGAACUAAAUAUAUAUAAUAAGCCAUUAGAAACUAACUAUGGAAAACAAAUACCUUCAAAGCAUAAAAACAUUUGUAAACUUCAGACCAUAUACCACUGGAUUUAGAAGAGGUUGAAUAAUCAUUACAUGCAUUGACAAAAUAACAUGCAGCUCAAUUGGAACAAAUGUCAAGUCAAAUCUUUGACUGAUGGCUUGUCUGUGGGGGGAUUACUGUGUCAACAGGACUGUGACGGCUUGUGACUUUUCCACAUCUGCUGACACAACGAGGUGAUGUAGUUUACCCAUUACACACACAAGCUCAGAGGUGAUGCAAGCUUACUGUAAUGAGUGUCAUUAGCUCCUCUACUGUGACAUCCCCAAUGUGCCACCUCUACACUGGUGAACGAGCCUCAGGGAACAUGGCCGGCUUCAGCCAGGCUUCAUAAAGCUAAUUACUGAUUACUAUGACCCAACUGCUACUGUGUGUUUGCCUCAUGGGAUGCUUCUGUAAGCAAACAGCUCACACCUCAGAAAACUUUAUUUUAAUAGCAUAUCUAAUAUACCACUGAGGGCAUAGCUGCUGUGUUUGAGCAAUUACUUGGAUGCGCAGUUGUUACAGUAGUGGUGGUAAAUAGAAGGUAGAGAUCUGCAGGGAUAAUGGGAGAAACACCUUCAACAUAUUGGAAUUUACUAUGACAUCAGAAAAUAUAGGACAUGGCUGGCAUUAUUCUGUUUCUCUUAAUGUCAGCAAAUCCUAUCAAAUCCCUGUGAUUGAAUCCUUUCAGUAUUAUUCUUUUCUGGCUCCACAGUGGUAGAACGAGCUCACAUCAGGACAAAACACUGUACAUUGAUUGGUCAACAGAAUCAUCACUUCUUGUGCAACAAAGGACCAUGGAUGUAUAAUGCUUUCUGGAUACUGAACCCAAAGAUGGCGCCCAUUGAGUUCAUACGAAUUGUUCACCUGUCUUGUUAAACAGCAAAGGGCUAAACACACAAAUAUGUUUUAAAUAUCCCAUUGAUUGUGACGGAGCUAUAAACACUCAACGCAAAUAAUUUUUAUUUAAUUUUGGAAAUGUUGUGGGAAGUUAUAUUCUCGCUAUUUUGUUUCAUGUUUCAAAAUGCAUUUUCCAAACGGUCCGAAUGUGUCACAGUGUCGUGUGUAUCUGUUCCAACGACAAUCAAUGAGAAGAAAGAACCCAAAACUUUUGAUGUCCUCCAUUGUGUU